GUUGCGGCCUGCUGAGUGCGAUUGACCUCAUUGCCAGCCGUCUGUCGUGGCCCCCAACCCCGUUGGUCAAUCGCGACUUAUUGAAUUCGGACCCCUCACCAAGCAGGCGGGGUGGUUGCUCUUGGCGGUGGUGACGUCGACUCCCAGGCCAUUGGUUUCGCUUGGGGUGUGUAGCCUUGCACCAAAGGCACAAUGGGCUACUAUUAUGAACCGGAACCGCAGCCCGAGUAUUACACAAGACCGCCGCCUAGAGCUUAUUAUCAUUCCCCACCAGAUGAUCGUGGAGUCAUACUCCAGGUCGAGGGGCCGCGGCCCAUUUCGCCAUCACCAACACGCGUGAUUGUGGUCGAAAAGAGGAGACGGGAGGAGCCUGUGGGUUUCUUACCCUGGCUUUGUGCUAGUUUCUGCUGCUGCUUCGUGUGCUGCGAGUGUGCCGACGACUGUUGGUGUUGCUGCCCGGGGGAGGAUUACGACUGAAGGGAGUCCAUACAACUGCGAGGAGGAAAAGGCACUU